AUGCUCCGUCUCCGACCCACCGUCCUCGCCUUAACCAUGGCAGAGGUGAAAGAAGUCGAAGAACGCCGCAGGGGUUACCGCCGGGUCAGCAGCAAGAGAAGAUGGCCCUUUUGCACGCGCGCCUCUGAAAACGCUACGUCGGGGGCUUCCUCUCCAUCGUUGCUGGACUACAGCGACAGUGAUGAGGAGACAGACAUCCUCGAUCAUGACGAUGCAGAACAACCUGUCCAGCUCCCCGUUUUAUCGGCCCGCUUUCCUGAAGAGCAGACCGAAGUGGUCCCCACUGCCCGGCCGCCAUACCCCAAUGAUGCCUCCUUUGACCAGCGUAACUGCGAGCAGUCUGUUGAUGGUGCCAGUGAUGAGCGUGAUCUUGACCUGCAGCCCCAAGCUAGCUCGUCUCAAAGUCAGCUGCCGGUUAGAACGCCAAGGUCCGGCCCAAGGAUUGGCAGCAACAUUCGAUCGCCAGCCCAAAGCUCGGUUGGCCAGACAGUUGCAAGCCAUGAAACGACACCACGGACUGGGACGUCGUCUGCGCGCCGUAGCAACAGAGACGGGGCCCGUAGUUUUGAGCAAUUUCAACUCUCGUUUCAGAAUCUGACCAUUAGGACCCGGACGGCCACUCCCUCCCCUGCAGCAAAACCCGCCUCCGCAUCUCGUCCCCGUGAGUGCACGACUCCGAAUGCCGCUGGAAGCCAUCAUCGGGAUGGCACCCCUCGUGCUACCCCGGACUCUCAUGCCGCAGCUUCAGACUCGCAAACUCCAUCCUCCUUCGUCCAUUUUACCAGAAGCAUGACGGCCGCUCUUCCCCGUCACGGUAGCUCACCCUCUGAAGGCUUAGAAUCAGAGAGUCUCGCCAGCAGCAGAACCCGUACCCCGGCUGCCGCCUCACCCACCAGCGUCAGCACUGGCAGCACCCGCCCUGCACCGGUCAAUGAAUCCCCGACCACACCAUCACGCCAACGCGUUAUGACGCCCAGGCCACCCGCUACCACUCCCGCUAGGACGCCCGCAACGUUCCGGGUCUAUAAUGACUCCCUUCCGGCAUCCUCACAGCCUCGAACACCGCAGAACUUGCCCGAAGCAAGGCAUCAGAGUCGACUAGUCGGACAAGGAUCGUUUACGGUUCCUGCCGGUUGGCGGACCUCAUUCUCGCUGGAGCAAAGGACGCCGACGACUAGUCAGGCGCUGAGGCGAAUGAGACAUGGGGGCAGAAGAGAGCCGAGUCCACAGGGAUUGAGGACGCCCGGAAUGGUGGGAUUGUAUGGAGGAACGGAGAAUCACACGGAUGAUGGGCUAGUGUUUGUUGAUGUUUUAGGGGGUGAGGGUGGUGAUGUGGAAGCAUCGGCGUCUCUGGCGCAUUUGUGA